UGAGAUCAAGCUGAAUUUCCAUGCGCGACGAUGACGAUAGUCAAUGGUACGGCGAAGGAGGUGCGAGUGAGCUUGCUCGGCAAAGAGAGUAUCAUCAUCAACUUCGGACUCUGGCGUAAUUACGUCGCAUCCGACCUUCUUACAAGCCUUGAGUCAUCAACUUAUGUCCUGAUUACCGACACCAAUCUUGGCUCUCUGUACACGAAAUCAUUCCAAGAAGCUUUCACAAAUGCAGUUAGAGAGAAAGGGAGCUCAUCGCGAUUACUGGUUUACGAAAUUCCUCCUGGAGAGAGUUCCAAAUCUCGACAAACCAAGGAUGACAUCGAGGACUGGCUCCUCAGCCAGAGCCCACCAUGUGGUCGCGACACUGUGAUAAUAGCCCUUGGAGGUGGUGUUGUUGGUGACUUGACGGGCUUUGUCGCUGCUACUUAUAUGCGAGGAAUCAGGUUUGUUCAAGUGCCGACAACACUUCUUGCCAUGGUCGACUCGUCAAUUGGUGGGAAGACGGCCAUCGACACCCCUCUCGGCAAGAACCUUGUAGGAGCUAUCUGGCAACCACAGCGGAUAUACAUUGACCUCGAUUUCCUCGGGACGCUGCCGCGAAGGGAGCUCAUCAAUGGCAUGGCUGAGGUCAUCAAGACCGCAGCGAUUUCCGAGGAGCAGGAAUUUAUCGCCCUUGAACAUAAUGCCGACCGAAUCAUGGCAGCAGUCAACGACGACGUCAAAAAGGGCGCGGCUAGAUUUAAGGACAUUGAGCCUAUCUUGAUAAGAAUCAUAUCCGCAUCAGCCAAGUUCAAAGCACACGUGGUCACGAUCGACGAGAGAGAAACCGGGUUGCGCAACCUACUAAAUUUCGGACAUUCCAUCGGUCAUGCUAUGGAGGCUUUUUUGACACCGCAGGUGCUUCACGGUGAAUGCGUCGCUAUUGGCAUGGUGAAGGAAGCUGAACUUGCUCGACAUCUGGGUGUCCUUAGUAGUGUUGCAGUUGGGCGUCUACAGAAAUGCAUAACUGCGUACGGUCUACCAACGAGGCUCGAUGAUGAGAAGGUGCGGAAACUGUCAGGCGGCAAGAAGUGUACCGUUGACGGAAUGCUCAAGAAAAUGGGUGUGGACAAGAAGAAUGACGGAGCAAAGAAGAAGGCUGUUCUUCUAUCCGCCAUUGGACGCACGUUUGAACAGAAGGCUAGCGUAGUGUCUGAUUCUGACCUUCGUGUGGUUCUUUCACCAAGUAUUGAGGUCCUUCCAGGCACACCAAAAGAUCUCAAUGUGGUAUGCGCACCUCCAGGUUCGAAAAGCAUAUCCAACAGAGCGCUGGUCCUUGCCGCUCUUGGUCGUGGAGUCUGCCGUAUCAAGAAUUUGCUCACGUCCGCCGACACAGAAGUCAUGCUAGAAGCGCUGACUCGGCUAGGCGCUGCCACUUUCUCUUGGGAAGAUGAUGGCGAAGUCUUGGUUGUGAAUGGAAAUGGUGGGCAACUACAGGCCAGCCAUCAAGAGCUGUACCUGGGCAACGCCGGCACAGCUGCAAGGUUCUUGACGACAGUGGUCACAUUGACUCGACAGAGCCACGUAGCGUCCACGGUGCUCACUGGAAACGCCCGCAUGAAGCAAAGACCGAUUGGAGACUUGGUUGAUGCAUUGAGGGCGAAUGGAGCAGAAGUCGACUACCUAGAGAGCCAAGGCUGCCUUCCGCUGAACAUUGCAGCAUCAGGCGGCUUCAACGGCGGUGAAAUCAAGCUAGCAGCCAAAGUUUCGUCGCAAUAUGUGUCUUCAUUGCUGAUGUGCGCACCAUACGCAAAAGAACCAGUCACGCUGAAGCUCGUGGGUGGAAAGCCGGUCUCGCAGCCGUACAUUGACAUGACCAUUGCCAUGAUGGCCUCGUUUGGUGUCCAAGUUGAGAAAUCAAAGACGGAAGAACAUACCUAUCACAUUCCUCAAGGAAUAUACCGAAACCCUUCGGAAUACGUGGUCGAAAGCGAUGCAAGCUCCGCAACCUAUCCACUAGCGAUCGCAGCAAUCACCGGGACUACAUGCACGAUUCCCAAUAUUGGAUCAGCCUCUCUUCAGGGAGAUUCUCAAUUUGCCACUGAUGUCCUGCAACCAAUGGGUUGUGAGGUCAAACAAACGGCCACAUCAACUACAGUGACUGGGCCACAUAAUGGAAAUUUAAAAUCACUCCCGAACAUCGACAUGGAACCAAUGACCGACGCCUUUCUCACGGCUUCAGUCCUGGCCGCUGUAGCUCAAGGCGGAAAAUCCCGCACGACGCGCAUCUACGGCAUUGCGAACCAAAGGGUGAAAGAAUGUAACCGGAUACAAGCAAUGGAAGACGAGCUAGCCAAGUUCGGUGUGACAUGUCGCCAAUUCGACGACGGCAUCGAAGUGGAUGGUAUCAGCCGAGCUCAGCUCAGGCAGCCAGAAGGUGGCGUUCAUUGCUACGAUGACCACCGAGUCGCCAUGAGCUUCAGCGUCCUGGCACUAGCUGCUCCUCAUCCCACUCUCAUUCUCGAAAAGGAGUGCACUGGAAAGACAUGGCCUGGCUGGUGGGACACAAUGGCCCGACAAUUCAGUGUCAAGUUACAAGGAGUGGAGUUAGAGUCUUCUGUGCAGUCGUCAAGGAAGAAGCUCGACCGAGGUUCUGCAUCCAUGUUCAUUAUCGGCAUGAGAGGUGCCGGUAAGACGACCUCUGGCCGAUGGGCAGCAAGGUCACUGGGCAAGAAACUUAUCGACCUCGACACAGAGCUCGAGAACCGCGAAGGCAAAACCAUCCCAGAAAUCAUCAAGGACCACGGGUGGGAACAUUUCCGUGGGCGCGAACUGGCGAUCCUUAAAACAGUCAUGAAGGAAAUGCCUGACAAUUACAUCUUCGCCUGCGGAGGAGGAAUCGUCGAGUCGGCAGAAGCUCGACAACUCCUCAUAAAUUGGCACCAAACGAAAGGCCACGUCCUCCUGGUCGAACGGGACAUCAACCAGGUCAUGGACUUUCUACAAAUCGACAAGACUCGCCCGGCCUACGUCGAAGACAUGAUGGGCGUCUGGCUCCGGCGCAAACCGUGGUUCGAAGCAUGCAGCAACAUCCUCUACUACAGCCAGGACAUCCCGAACGAAAAAAUGUCCGAAGCAGCGGCCGACUUCGACCGUUUCCUGCACAUGGUCACCGGCAAGACCAACGUUCUGUCGCAGCUCAAGCAGAAACGGGAAUCAUUCUUCGUCGCGCUGACAUUCCCCGACUUGCGCCCACACCUCCAGAUCCUGCCCGAAGUCUGCUUGGGUUCUGACGCCGUCGAACUACGCGUCGACUUGCUCAAAGACCCGGCCGCACCCUCUGCCGUCCCCUCUCCCGAGUACGUCAAGUCUCAGCUGUCUCUCCUCCGCGCGAGCGUGUCCCUACCCGUGGUCUUCACGAUCCGCACAAGCGCCCAGGGCGGGCAAUUUCCCGACGACGCAUUCGAGGCCUAUCACACCCUGUGCACGCUCGCGAUCCGCAUGGGCUGCGAAUUCGUCGACCUCGAAGUCGCCACACUGCCCGAGUCUAUCCUAUCGUCGAUCUUCACCCUCAAGAACAGCUCACAGUCGUGCAUCAUCGCCUCGCACCACGACCCGCAGGCGCGCUUGUCCUGGAACAAACCUGGCUCAUGGAUCCCCAUAUACAAUCGCUGCCUGCAGUAUGGCGACGUGGUCAAGCUCAUCGGCGUCGCAGACACGCUCGACGACAAUUUUUCCCUGCGCAAAUUCAAGGCCUGGUCCGCCUCGCAGCAUCCCGAUCUGCCGCUCAUCGCGAUCAACAUGGGCCGCGCGGGACAGGCGUCGCGCAUACUCAACGGGUUCAUGACUCCCGUGAGCCAUCCCGCCCUGCCGUUCAAGGCGGCGCCAGGACAGCUCUCGGCCGCAGAGAUCCGUCAGGGUUUGAGCCUCAUGGGCGAAAUCGUGCCCAAGCAGUUCUAUCUAUUUGGCAGUCCGAUCGCCGCGAGUAAGAGUCCAGCUCUGCACAAUACGCUCUUCAAAGAGACUGGACUACCGCAUCAUUACGAUGCGUGCGAGACGACGAGCGUUGAUGUGGUCAAGAGUAAGAUCCGCGCCGACGACUUCGGAGGCGCGAGCGUGACGAUCCCACUCAAACUCGACGUCAUGGCGUUGUUGGAUGAGGUUGAUGAGUCGGCGAGGUUGAUUGGCGCGGUGAAUACGAUCGUACCUGUCCCUGUUUCCGUGGCUGGAGAGAAAAAGGUGAAACUCGUCGGACGCAAUACGGAUUACUUGGGCAUGAUGGGCUGUCUGCGAGCCGCUGGCGCGAGCACGGCGCUGGGCGACGCGGAGCAGUCGGGCUUGGUUAUCGGUGGAGGAGGCACCGCGCGCGCCGCCAUCCACACGCUGCACACGAUGGGGUACAAGCCUAUUUAUCUCGUGGGGCGGGACGUGGCGAAGAUCGUGGAGUUGGCCAAGGCCUUCCCGCCAGUCUAUGAGCUCGUCGUUCUGGACACCGCGGCCGAUGGACUGGAGAAGAAGAUCACCACGCCGCCGACUGUGGCUAUUGCGACGAUCCCAGCGAACAUACCCAUCGACGCGUCGCUCGGUGGCGCAUUGAAGAAGAUCUUCUCGACGCCCGUGCCUGCGGCGUCGAUGCCCAAGGGUCAAGGGUCAAGUGCGCCCAGUAGAAUAUUGCUCGAGCUGGCGUACAAGCCUGCGCAUACGGACGUCAUGAAGAUGGCAGAGAGUAGUGCAGGUGGAGGCUGGAAGACCAUUCAAGGACUGGAGACGCUGGUCACCCAGGGAGAGUGGCAGUUCGAAUACUGGACCGGGAUCAAAGUGAGAGGCUUGGGUUCGAGGAUUACUAGGGAAGUUGUCCUCGGUGCUAAUGCAUGAGGUGGGACUGGAAUCCUUCCAGCUCUCAAGUCCGCCGUAUCGUUUUGCAGUGUCGUCGUUUUAGCAUCAAUCAUUCCUGUCGUGAAUCAAAAGUAAGUGUUGGUAGAUACUACGAAAAAAGAAAAUGGAGCAUAGGACGGUGGGGAUCGAAGUCUGAUACUAGAAAUACAGUAGUGGCUUUGAGACAAUAAGUGCACCUCAAGGCAUGAGUUCUUUGUUCCGGGGGCGCCUUUUCUUCUAGACGGGGUAUCUCAAUUACUGACACUCGGCUUCCAUAACACGACGACCCUACUUUUUGUUGGCUCGUCAAUAUGGUACAAGUCAUGGGUCC